UUACAAAUCUUUGACAUACAAACAUAUUCUCAGAUAGACUUCUAUAUUCUCACUUUCUCAUAGAAACAUAUUCUGUUUUUGAAUAAUAUUUUACUGACCAUGACGGUGAAGAGAAGCAGAGAAGAUGGAGAAGUUGAAUCGUUUGCCAUGGCCAACUGUUUGAUGCUCCUCUCUCGUAUCGGCAAGACUAUGUCAUCAUCGUCGCCGGAUCGUGUCUUCGAGUGCAAGACUUGCAGCAGAAAGUUUCCAUCUUUUCAAGCGCUCGGUGGCCACCGAGCGAGUCACAAGAAGCCAAAAUUAAUGAUGUUGGACCUUCUUCAUCCAACUGAUCAAUCAAAACCUAAGACACAUGAGUGUUCCGUUUGUGGUUUGGAGUUUGCAAUAGGUCAAGCACUUGGUGGGCAUAUGAGACGCCACCGUGCAUCUGGUAGUGAAGGGUUGAAAACGGAGAAUAAACAAUCGGCGGUACCGAUUUUGAAGAGGUCGAAUAGCAAGAGAGUUAUGUGCUUGGAUCUGAACUUGACGCCAUAUGAGAAUUUUCUGGAGUUGGGGAUGGGGAAGAUGGCUUCGAAUUGAUACUAGACCGUUUUACUUGAACUUUUUUCAUACUCCGGAUUUUUUUAUUCUAUUUACAAUCAUAGUGUUGUUGGUUUUUAUUUUUUGGGAUUUAGAUCAUGUAUAUUUGAUAGAUUGAAUUGCAUCUUUUCUGAGAU